AUGUCUUCCACGAGCAUGUCAGCCGGCGCCUCGUACUUCCUUGAAAAGUACAAGCUCGCCCGCGACCAACUUGCCAACUCAGAAGGAUGCUCCUGCACAGUCAAAGACCAGGAGAAGUAUAUGACUGCUCCUUACAAGAGUAAAGCCGCAACCAAGACCGCCAAAUUGGACUUGACGGGCCUCAGAGAUGUCAUCGAGCACGAGACUGCCCGCUUUGAAGAGUUUCUGAGGACAAGAAGAGAGGAGCUCAAGAAAAAGGAACAACAAGAACACGCUGCUCAAAACGCUGCAAAGAACCAGAACAGCGGCAAUAGCCAACCAGCAACAAAAAUCAACAGCAUUCUUCGAAACGCGACUUCGUCGCGCCCACCACAACCCAGUGGAGCUGGAUUGGCCAGCCCUCCUCCGACUCCACCAGCCAACAAUUCAUCCCCACUAUCCGGACAGUCCCAGACUGGCAGCAAAUAUCCUCCUGGUCCCAGUUCGAGGAUCCGCCUCAUGACCACUCCUCCCCGUUCACCGUCCACGUCAACAGUCGGCAACUCAUCCAGAGCAACAACCGGACAGUCAAAGACUAGCAAGUAUCCUCCCAGCCUCGGCGCAAGAAUUCAUCUCAAGCUCAAAGAGUCCGAGCGAGUAUUGACUCCAAUAUGGCGUCAAAAUGUCCCAACUCCCGUAACCCAACCCAAUCAAGACUCCCCAGCACCAGUCGAAACACAAAACAUCCAGAAGCGGAAGAACGAGGGCCUAUUCGACUUGGAGUCCGCGGCAAAACGACCGCACUUAGGAUAUUGCGCACUAUGUGUGUACGAGAUCAAGAAGCCGUUCAUCGCCGACAAGUAUAGCUACAAAGAAGGAGAGCCCGCCGCCAUUCCGAAGCAAGCAGAUAUCUACACCAAACAUCGAGCAGAAUCCACUGAAUCAGAAGCGGAACCCACUGGACAAGCAGAAGCUCCAGCCGAAGGAGCAACCACCCGCAGGAAGAGAGCCGCGGGUGCCAAACUCGUUGAGCCUCAAGGAGAUACCGGUAACUUCAGCCGAGAGGGAGGACUUGCCAAAGAACCUACUACCGAUCCUACACAAAAUCCUCCUCGGAACGGACUCAAAAAGCUUCCUCGGAACGGAGGCACUAAAGCAUUCAAGCUCACCAAAGCAGAGGUCAACAACGAUUACAAGGCGAUGGCUAAAAUGAGAAAAGACGAGGCUUUGAAGGAAGCUAUCUUCAAACCCCUUCGAGAAGAGCUCUUCGCCUUUGCUCGACGCCACGAGUCCGAGGAGUACACGCCAAGCAGAAUCUACAACAGCAUGAUUGCCAAACGGGCCGAGAGAAAAGCCAGACUGGAGAAGUAUUCGAAGAACAGGAAUCUUAUCAUGGAUGGCUAUCAGCAGGCAAAGCAAGCUUUCGAGGAGGCAAAACUGGAGUUCACCGAGAGGAAGCUGGCUUUGAGAAAGCAGCAGGACGCCAACGAAGACAUUAAGCCAAUCGCCUGGCACGUCAAAGCCAGGUUCAGAAAGAGCCGGGCUUCUUGGAACCGCGUUCUGAGCCAACACCUAGAGUCCAUUAAACGAGGGAAGACCCCCGAACAAGCCCGGAACGACCUUCAGAGAUUUCAGCGAGAAGAGGAAGUCCGGCAACAACGGCUCGAAGAAUUGACCACGGACUACCAGCAGAAGUGGGCGGCCUUGACUCAAGCUCGAGUUCUCCGGCCGGAUCAAAAGCGAAAGGAUUGCCAAGAAGCUAUUAGAAAAGCAAUUCCUCCAUUGGAAGAUUCUGGAAAGAUUCUCCGCGACUACCAGCAAGAACACGACGCUUGGCUUCUUGCUCAGCACAAGGAACUCAACGCUGGGCACAAAAUUGUACAACCCAAAGCACGAACCAUCACCCAAACCAAAGAGUCCUAUUGCCGAACCGGCGCACCGCCCGAUACCCAAGCCGAAAACCGCAUGAUACAAAUCCCCGCAGAGCUCCAAUUAAUAGUUCUCAAGGAAGGGGAGAAAGAACCCAAUAGCUCGAAGAGCAGUUACAAGAAGGGCAGAAAAUGUGCUUUCCUGGCCAAAGAUACUGUGGAAGCCAAAGAGAAACUCGUCACUAUCACCAGAGAACUCGACACCAUCAACAAAAAAAUCGGUACGGACCCCAGCACCAUUCCUCGAUUGAGUGCCAUCCCGGCACACAUCCGCAUGCUUCCAGGUCUCAAUCUCCGGCAAGGAAAGCCGACCAGCGAGUUCGUGAUCAAGACGAACGCUCACGUUCAACGUACUCCUCAACUCAGAAAACCGAGUAAUCUUCGCUACGAACUUGGUGCAUGCCUUGUUGAGAAGGCUGCUGCUGAAGCUGCUGCCGAAAUAGCCCGGGUUGCUGCUGAAGCGGCCGCUGAAGCAGCACGAAUUGCUAAGGAACAGGAAGACAGGGAGGAAGAACGACGACAACAAGCAGCGAUUGAGGCGAUGAAUCAGAGGAAACAGAGAAAAAGAGCCGAGAUCGUAGAGAACAGACGGAAGUACGCAAUGAAUCAAGCUAAAGAGACAGUGGAGACCGGUUUCCUUCCUCGAUUCCAGGACGAAAAGGACAGACAGGAAUUCAAUUGGGCUCUCCGCGCCUAUCUCCAAUCCGAAGAGGGGAUGAGAGCACAGGCCAGGCGGGUGGAGAAGAGACGAAAUCAUACGGUGGAGCAGGGCUUGGAAGAACGAGGAAAAUUGGCUCCUUGCUUCUGCGACUCGAUCGAGAAGCGGCACCGCUGUCAAUUUGUCAAGAAGUGUAAGCCACCCGGGCAGGAGAGCGAUAGCGAAGGGACGGUCCAGGAAGACCGGGAUAAGAUGGAGGGGGUAGAAAGUGGGAUCGGAGGAAAGGUACAGGGAGAAGGGGAGGAAAUGGAAGGUGUCGAAUGUCAGGUCUCUUGA